AUGCGCACCAUAGAUAAGCAGCAGCAGCAGCAGCAGUUGCUGCAGCAGCAGCGGGAGAAAGCAGAACGAGAAGAGGAUAUUAGUGAAGAUGGUUUAACAGAGUAUGAACUGCAGCUGCAGCAGGAAGAGCAGCAGCAGCAGCAGCAGCAGCAGCAAAAACAAUUUAUAAAAUCCUUACAAAGAUUGGGGCUGGCUUUUGAGGAGUCUCAGGCUUUCUUAGAGGCGCAUGCAGAUACACUGCAGGAGGCGCUGCAGCAGCAGCAGCUGAUGCUGCGGCACAAGCAGCAGCAGCGCAGCAGCAGCAACCCUGCUGCUGCUCCUGCUGCUGCUGCUGCUGCUGCAGCAGCAGCAAAUCCACAAGAGCAACGAGAAGCAGCAGAAGCAGCAAAGGCUGCUCUUAGAGAGAUUGCUGCGGUGUACAUGCAGGUGCAGCAGGAAGCUCAGCCUUACCUCCACAGCAUCCAGGCAGAAAUGUCUGGUGAGAAGCCUCGUCAACGGGAAGCAGCAGCAGCAGCAGCAGCAGCAAGACCACCAGCAGCAGGAGCAGCAGCAACACCAGCGUCUGUGACUGGCGGCCCAGCAUCAUCAGCAGCAGCAGCAGAAGCAGCAGCAGCAGCAGCAGCAGCAGCAGGCAGCAAUGCUGGGGCUGUGGAUAAGUCUGUUGCAUGGUUGACGUCAAGCGACAAGGGGGAAGGGUUUCUAUCAUCGCCAGCAGCAGCAGCAGCAGCAGCUGCUGCUGCUGCUGCUGCUGCUAAGCAUGGAAAAGAAGGCCUUCAGUUCUUCACUCUGGAUGCAGACAGCAGCCCCCCAACCCCCAGGCUAGAGCCUGCUGCUGCAGCAGAGGAAGCACAGGGACCCGAUGACGGUGUAGCUGCUGCUGCUCCUGCUGCUGCUGCUCCUGCUGCUGCUGGUACCCCUGCUGCUGCUGCUGCUGCUGAAGAAGAAGAAACGCCUGCUGCAGCUGCAGGAAACGUGAAGGGUUCUGUCUAG